GCCGGAACGGAACCAACAUCUUACAUUCUUGUGGAAUACAGAAACAACGAGCAGCCAUGUGUAAUGCUGUGGCAGGCAACCGGGUUACAAACAUACAAAAACAGGAGGAUAUGGAGGAUAGAAAUCCAAAGACAAGGUUUUCACAUUCUUCAAGAAAGACAAAAGAUUAUCAGACAUCAUCAUGCCUUCCCAUCCGUUCGGAGGAAACAACGCCACCACAGUGCUGGAAGGCCUACAACAAACCCUUCGCGAGUCUAUUGACGCCUUGACUAGCCCCAAGGUAGCCGCCGAGUUGCAGGAAACACUUCACAACGACAAGCGCUUGCCAGACCAGGACAUCGCAGGUCUUGCAUCCGAAGUGAUAGACCUCGUGUCCAAGAUAGAGCAGCUACUUCAGCCAGCGCACUUGGUCCUGGCGGAUCACUUUUUGGGUUACACCGACACCAAAUGUCUCGUAGCGGCCAACGAGCUUCGUCUGGCAGAUAUCCUAGCUGACGGGCCACUGACUGUUCAGGAACUUGCACAAGCGAGCUCUGCGCGACCAGACCGCCUCGGUCAGAUCUUGGUGCCACUUCGCAACAACGGCGUCUUCAGUUAUGACGAAAGCGCUGGCACCUACGCCAAUACGCACGUUUCGACCCUUUUGCACUCCAAACACUGGACGCAAUGGCACAACUGGGUUGAACUGUAUGGCAAUCAGUUUUACGACAUCGCUCGCGGUAUCCCCCAGUCAGUGCGUAGUGACGCGACCCGAUGGGCCGCCCAAAUCAACUACGACACCGACAUGAACAUGUUUGAGUACUUCAACGCUCAGGGCUGGAUGCCUCAACUGCACCGGACCCUUGGUGGCGGCGCAACAGCCAUGGCGCCCGGCAUCGUUGAAGACUACCCCUGGAACGACAUCAGUGACAAGACUGUGCUCGACGUUGGCGGCGGAGGUGGUUCGUUCAUCGCAACAUUAUUGAGGAACUUCCCUACGAUGCAGGGCAGCAUCUACGACCUUCCGCACGUCAUCGCUCACACUUCCGACCUCUUCUCCCAGGGUGGUACGUUCGAAGAUCUCACCGACCGAGUUCCGCAGGCACACCUGAUUGGCGGUGACUUCAUGAAGUGGGUGCCGCCAUCUGAAGUUUAUACGAUGAAGUGGUGCCUGCACGACUGGACCGACGAGCCAGCCACAACUAUCCUGCGCAACAUCCGCAAGGCCAUCGUGCCAGGACCAGUGAGUCGCUUGGUAGUCCUCGAGUCUAUCCUCUCCGAUGGGCGCAUGGGCAGGCUCUCGAGGUACGGAGAUAUCAACAUGAUGAUGACCGCGAACGGCCAGGAGAGAACACUAGCGCAGUGGGAGAAGCUGGUGAAGGAGGCUGGUUGGAAGAUUGAGAAGAUUCACCCGCUGAGGAACGCUUGGGUCCAGGCGAUCGACCUUCGCCCUGCGUGA